CCGGAAUGCGGCGGGAUUUGUCCGGUUCUUUGUCUCUCGCUGCAGCUGGAGCUCCAGGUCUCCUCUUCACUGCUCUGUGUCCUCUGCUCCUAGAGGCCCAUCCUCUGUGGUCCUGUGACCUGCAGGUAUUGGGAAUCCACAGAUAAGACGCCGGGACCCCCUGUAAGCCUAGAAAUGGACGACCUGAGGUAUGGAGUGUAUCCUGUUAAGGGGGCAAGUGGAUACCCUGGGGCUGAGAGGAAUCUCCUGGAGUACUCUUAUUUUGAAAAGGGGCCGUUGACAUUUAGGGAUGUGGUCAUAGAAUUCUCUCAGGAGGAGUGGCAAUGCCUGGAUACUGCUCAGCAAGAUUUGUAUAGGAAAGUGAUGUUAGAGAACUUCAGAAACCUGGUGUUCUUGGCAGGUAUUGAUGUCUCUAAGCCAGAUCUGAUCACCUGUCUGGAGCAAGGAAGAGAUCCCUGGAAUAUGAAGAGACACAGUAUGGUAGCCACACCCCCAGUUAAAUAUUCUCAUUUUGCGCAGGACCUUUGGCCACAGCCGGGCAUAAAAGAUUCUUUCCAAAAAGUGAUACUGAGAGAAUAUGGAAAAUAUGGACAUAAGGAUUUACAGUUAACAAACGGCUGUAAAAGUGUGAAUGAGUGUAAUGUGCAAAAAGAAGGUUAUAAUGAACUAAACCAGUGUUUGACAACUACCCAGAGCAAAAUAUUUCAAUGUGAUAAAUAUGUGAAAGUCUUUCAUAAAUUUUUAAAUUCAAAUACACAUAAGACACAUACUGGAAAGAAACCUUUCAAAUGUAAAAAAUGUGGCAAAUCAUUUUGCAUGCUUUUACACCUAAGUCAACAUAAAAGAAUUCAUAUUAGAGAGAAUUCUUACCAAUGUGAAGAAUGUGGCAAAGCCUUUAAAUGGUUCUCAACCCUUACUAGACACAGGAGAGUUCAUACUGGAGACAAAUCCUACAAACAUGAAGAAUGUGGAAAACGUUUUAACCAGUCCUCAACUCUUAAGGUAAUUCAUGCUGGAGAGAAACACUACAAAUGUGAAAAAUGUGGCAAAGAUUUUAAACAGUCCUCACACCUUACUAAACAUAAGAUGAUUCAUACUGGAGAGAAACCCUACAAAUGUGAGGAAUGUGGCAAAGCUUUUAAUUGGUACUCACACCUUACCAGACAUAAGAUAAUUCAUACUGGAGAGAAACCCUACAAAUGUGAAGAAUGUGGCAAAGCCUUUAAUGUAUUUGCAACCCUUACUAGACAUAAGAUAAUUCAUACGGCAGAGAAACCCUACAAAUGUGAGGAAUGUGGCAAAGCUUUUAAACAGUCCUCAAACCUUACUACUCAUAUGAAAAUUCAUUCUGGAGAGAAACCCUACAAAUGUGAAGAAUGUGGCAAAGCUUUCUUCCGAUUCUCAUACCUUACUACACAUAAGAUAAUUCAUACUGGAGAGAAACCCUACAAAUGUGAGGAAUGUGGCAAAGCUUUUAACUGUUACUCCUACCUUACUGCACAUAAGAUGAUUCAUACUGGAGAGAAACCCUACAAAUGUGAAGAAUGUGGCAAAGCUUUCUACCGAUUCAUUUACCUUGCUACACAUAAGAGAAUUCACACUGGAGAGAAACCCUACAAAUGUUUAGAAUGUGGCAAAGCUUUCUACCGACUAUCUUAUCUUACUACACAUAAGAUGAUUCAUACUGUAGAGAAACGCUACAAAUGUGAGGAAUGCGGCAAAGCUUUUAACUGGUACUCACGCCUUACUACACAUAAGAGAAUUCAUACUGGUGAGAAACCCUACAAAUGUGAAGAAUGUGGCAAAGCCUUUAGUGUAUUCUCAACCCUUACUAAACAUAAGGUAAUUCAUACUGGAGAGAGACCCUACAAGUGUGAAGAAUGUGGCAAAGCCUUUAACGUAUUCUCAACCCUUACUAAACAUAAGAGAAUUCAUAAUGGAGAGAAACUCUACAAAUGUUUAGAAUGUGGCAAAGAUUUCUACCAAUUCUCCUACCUUACAACACAUAAGAUGAUUCAUACUGGAGAGAGACCCUACAAACAUGAAGAAUGUGGCAAAGCUUUUAAUGGUUCCUCACAAGUUACUAGACAUAAAAUAAUUCAUACUGGAGAGAAACCCUACAAAUGUGAAGAAUGUGGCAAAGCUUUUAAAAAAUCCUCAAACCUUACUAAUCAUAAGAUAAUUCAUACUGGAGAGAAACCCUACAAAUGUGAAGAAUGUGGAAAAGCUUUUAACCAGUCCUCAACUCUUACUAGACAUAAGAGAGUUCAUACUGGAGAGAAACCCUACAAAUGUGAAGAAUGUGGCAAAGCUUAUAACUGGUCCUCAAACCUUACUAAACAUAAGAGAAUUCAUACUGUAGAGACACCCUACAAAUGUGAAGAAUGUGGCAAAGCUUUUAACCAAUCUUCAACCCUUACUAUACAUAAGAUAAUUCAUAUUGGAGAAUAACACUACAAAUGUGAAAGAUGUGGCAAACCUUAUAACCAGUGCUCAUACUUUACUACACAUAGGAGAAUUCAUGCAGAAGAGAAAUUUUACAAAUGUGAAGAAUGUGGCAAAGGCUUUGACUGGUCCUCUACCCUUACUAAAGAUAAAAGAGUUUGACUGGGUGUGGUGGCUCAUGCCUAUAAUCCCAGCACUUUGGGAGGCCAAGGCAGGCAGAUCACCUGGUCAGGAGUUUGAGACCAGCCUGGCCAAUAUGGUGAAACCCCAUCUCUACUAAAAAUAUAAAAAAUUAGCCAGGUGUAGUGGUGCACACCUGUAGUCCCAGUUACUCUGGAGGCUGAGGUGGGAGAAUCGCUUGAACCUGGGAGGUGGAGGUUGCAGUGAGCUGAGAUUGCUCUACUGCACUCCAGCCCAGAUGACAGAGAGGGACUAACUCAAAAAAAAAAAAAAGAGAGAGAGUUCAUACUAGAGAGAAACCCUGCAAAUGUGAAGAAUGUGAGAAAGCUCUUAACCAGUCCUCACACCUUACUACACAUAAGAGAAAUCAUACUGGAAGGAAACCCUACAAUUGUGAAGAAUGUGAGAAAGCUUUUAACUGGCACUCACGCCUUACUACACAUAAGAUAAUUCAUACUGGAGAAAACUCUACAAAUGUCAAGAAUGUGGCAAAGCUUUUAACUGGUACUCAACCCUUACUACACAUAAGAUAAUUCAUGUUGGAGAGAUACCCUACAAAUGUGAAGAAUGUGGCAAAGGUUUUUAUUGAUUCCCAUACUUUACUAAAAAUAAGAUAAUUCAUUCUGGAGAGAAAUUCUAUAAAUGUGAAGAAUGUGGCAAAGGCUUUAAUUGGUCCUCAACACUUACUAAACACUUACUAAACAGAAUUCAUACCAGAGAGGCCUCAGCCUCCUGAGUAGCUGGGACUACAGGUGCCCGCCACCACACUAGGCUAAUUUUUGUAUUUUUAGUAGACAUGGGAUUUCACCAUGCUGGCGAGGCUGGUCUCGAACUCCUGACCCCAGGUGAUCGGCCUGCCUCGGCCUCCCAAAGUGCUGGGAUUACAGGUGUGAGCCACCACACCUGGCCUUGCUCGUUUUAAAUAGUUAUUGUUUUUUGUUGUAUAGUCAUUUGAGUUUUUAUAUAUUUUUCAUAUUAACCCCUUGUCACAUGUAUGAUUUGCACAUAUUUUCUCUCAUUUUUUAUUUGUCACAUCUGUUGAUUUCAUCAGAUUCUGUGCAGCAGCUUAUUAAUUUGAAGUAAUCUGACUCAUCUAUUUUUUCUUUGCUUUCCUGGGGUUUUGAGGUAAAAUCAUAAAGUCACUGCCAGCCGGGUGUAGUGAUUCAUGCCUGCAAUCCCAGCACUUUGGGAGGCCAAGGUGAGCAGAUCACCUAAGGCCAGUUUGAGACCAGCCUGGCCAACAUAGUGAAACCCUGUCUCUACUAAAAAUACAAAAAUUAGCCAGACAUGGUGGCACAAACCUGUAGUCCCAGCUACUUGGGAGGCUGAGGCAGGAAAAUUGCUUGAACCCAGGAGGUGGAGGUUGCAGUAAGCCAAGAUUGCACCAAUGCACUCCAGCCUGUGGAACAGAGCGAGACUCCAUCUCAAAAACAAAAAAGUUACUGCCUAGACCAAUAUUACGGGGCUUUUACUCUACUUUUUUGUAUUAGUUUCAGAGUUUCAAGCCUUACAUGUAAGUUUCUAAUUUAUUUUGAGUUGAUUUUUAUUUAUGGUGUGAAAUGAGGGUCUCAUUGCUUUAAAGGUACUGUCCUUCCCCUGAGAAAUUGUCACCUAUAUUUAAAAUCAGUUAGCUGUAAAUACAUGGAUAUAUUUCUAGUUUCUAUGUGUUCAUUUUUAUUCAAGUGUACUGCUUUGGUUCCUAUAGCUUUUUAGUAUAUUUCAAAGUAAGAUUGUGUGUUACCUCCAGCCUUUCUUUUUUGCUUGAUUGCUCUGGGUAUUCUGGGUCUUUAGUGGUACCAUAUUAAUUUUAAAUACAUUUUUUAAAGUUUACAAAGUCCCUGGUAUUUUGAUAGAGGCUACAUUUCAUCUGUAGAUUACUUCAUGUAACACAUGUAUUUAACAAUAUUAAUAGUACCAAUUCAUGAAAGAGUAAUAUUUUCCAUUUGUGUAUUACUUAAUUUUUUACUUUAAUGUUCUUUAGAUUAUAACAUAAGGUGUUUCGCCUUUUUGCUUACAUUUAUUUCAAAGUAUGGUUACUACAGUUACUGUAGCUGGGAUUGUUUUUAAAAUUCAUUUUGAGAGUUAAUUGUUAGUGAAUAGAAAAGCUACUGACUUUCGUAUGUUGAUUUGUAUUCUGCAAAUUUAAUAAAUUUGUUUAUUCUAGUAGUUCUUAGUAAAAUCUUAGGCUUUUCUGUACUUAAGGUUAUCAUCUGCAAGCAGAAAUAAUUUUACUUCUUUUCUUCCAAUCUGAAUGUCUUUGAUUUUAUUCUCUUAUUUCUCUUUUUGGUCAUUUAGUAUUAUGUAUAGUAAGUCUGUAGAAAGUGGCCAUCCAGCCAGGUGUGGUGGCUCAUGCCUGUAAUCCCAGCACUUUAAGAGGCCAAAGCAGGUGGAUCACCUGAGGUCAGGAGUUCCAGACCAGCUUGGCCACCAUAGUGAAACUCAGUCUCUACUAAAAAUACAAAAAUUAGCUGGAUGUGGUGGCAGGCACCUGUAUUCCAGGCUACUUGGGAGGCUGAGGCAGAAUUGCUUGAACCCGGGAGGCAGUGGUUUCAGUGAGCCAAGAUUGUGCCAUUGCACUGCAGCCUGGGAGACAGACCAAGACUCUGUUAAAAAAAAAAAGGGGGAAGGAAGGAAGGAAAAAGAAAAAGAAGGAAGGAAAGGGAGGGAGGAAGGAAGGAAGGAAGGAAGGAGGGAGGGAGGGAGGGAGGGAGGCAUUCCUGUCUUGUUCAAGGUCUUAGAGUAAAAGCUUACAUUUCCCUGUUUAGUAUGUUGUUAGCUGUGCAUUUUUUUCUAUACAUGAAAUUUAUUGGCUUGAGAUGCAUUUGCCCUAUACUUAUUAUUUUUUUUAAGAUUUGUCAUGAGGGAAUGUUGAAUUUUGUCAAACUUUUAUUCUGCAUCUAUUUAAAUGUUAGAGUUGUGAAAUCACAACUAAUUUCACAUAAAUAAUAAAUAUCCUCAGAGACUACUAUGUACAUCUCUAUGCAUGCAAACUAAAAAAAAAAAAUAGAGGAAAUAGAUAAACUCCUGGAUACACCUAGCCUCCCAAUAUUGAACCAGAAAUAAACAGAAGUCUUGAACAGAGUAACAAUGUGUAAAGUAUAUAAUAAUAUUGAAUUAGUAAUCAAACAAGCUACUAACCAUAGAAAGCCCUGGAUAAGAUGAAUUCACAGCCACAUUUUAUCACAUAUACAAAAAUAAGCUGGUACUAAUCCUACUGAGUGUAUUCCAAAAAUCAAGGUGGAAGUCCUUUGUAAAUUAUUAUUUGAAACCAUUUUCAUCUCAAUAGCAAAACCUAGUGAAGACACAACAAAAAAAACUACAGGCUAAUAUUCUUGGUGAGAAUUGAAACAAAAAUUCAUGAAGUAUUAGGAAGCUGAGUUCAUAAGCAAAGCGAAAAGGUAUUUUGCCACAAUCAUGUAAAAAUGAAUGCAAAGAUGUUUCAUCAUAUACAAGUAAAUAAGUGUGAUUCACCAUGUAAAGAUAAUUUUUAAAAAAUGAUUAUCACAAUUAAUACAGAAAAGGCAUUCAAGAAAAUCUAAUAUUCAUUUAUAAAAAUAUUCUCAAGAAACUAAGCAUUGAAGAAAUAUGCCUCAAAAUAAUAAAUGCCAUCUAUGACAAAUCCUCAGCCAACAUCAUACAGAACAGGCAAAAUCUAGAUGAAGCCUCCAUAAAAAUUAAAAAAUAAGAGGGCCAGGCAUGGUGGCUCAUGCCUGUAAUCCCAGCUCUUUGGGAGGCUGAGGUGGCUGGAUCACCUGAGGUCAGGAGUUUGAGACCAGCCUGCCAACAUGGUGAAAACCUGUCUCUACUAAAAAUACAAAAAAUUAGCUGGGUGUGGUGGUGGGCAUCUGUAAUCUCAGCUACUUGGGAGGCUGAGGCAGGAGAAUCGCUUAAAUGUGGGAGAUAGAGAUUGAAGUGAGCUGAGAUCACACCAUUGCAAUCCAGCCUGGGCAACAAGAGUGAGACUCCGUCUCAAAAAAAAAAAAAAAAAAAAAAAUAUAUAUAUAUA